AUGCCCGUGAAAGCAGAAGAUCUUGACAGAGCAAUCAAAGAAGCGUUUCCGGUCGCUCAUCUUGAGAUUGAAGACCAGUCGAGUGGGUGUGGGAACAGUUAUGCGGUACUCAUCGUGAGCGAGGCAUGUACCGCGUUCGAAGGGAAGACCGUACUGGCCAGACAUAGAAUGAUCAACGAAGCUCUGAAGAACGAGAUCGCACAAAUACAUGCGUUCUCUCAGGUAAGACAUUAG